GAGAUUUGCUGGACAGUUAGUCAGUAAUAGUGAGCUUUAAGUUGAAUUCGUGUUGAACAUUCAUUGGGUACCAAGUUUAAUAGUCAUUUCUAUUUUUAGAAAAUGGAAAGUCUUAGAAAUAAACGUGCGGCGUGUCGCAGUGUAUUCACACGCGCAGCUAAUAAUUUGACAUCUCUAUUAGCAGAUUCAAAUAGGGACCCAGUAGAGACGGAAGCUGCAUGGGAAAAACUUCAUGUAAAGAUGGAUAAUUUACGAAAAUCUGAUGAUGAGAUAAUGGAUAAAUUAUUGGAAGAGGAAACAUCAGAAGAAACCACGCUGCAGGAGUUGGAAGGUACCGAAAAAUAUUUAGCUACGUUUACACAGUUAAAGGUGUCACCUGAAGAUGAUGCAAUGUUAGAUAAUUAAUGGAAGUCUAAACAUGCAAUCAGAACCAAGCCGUUGAG